UGGAGUUACCCAGCUCUAAACAGCGACAUGAUUUCUCGUUGGAAUGGCAAUUCUUGCAGAGAUCUUCCGGUCAUGGAUAAAGUGGAGCUUUCGAGAAAACUUAGCUCUGAAUUGAUGCCAAAUUCCGCUCCUCUGGAUCAUAAAUCGCGAUCAAAAUCGGUCAUGUUUUCCUGUUCUCUGCCUGUCUGCUCAAGUGACAGAAAGGAUGCAAGAAAACAGAAAGAAAAAGAAAGGAAAAAAUCCCUAUCGAAAGGAAGGGAUCGUUAUACGAUCGUUAAGGGACUGGCUGGAGGGCCGGACGGGGUAUCCUUCGAAAGCGUUACAAAAAAGAAACAUUUUCUACGAGUCAGAGAAAACAAUAUACUGAUUGUAGAACCAUACGAUGACUCAGAAGAAUACCGAAAGCAGAGCACUUACAUUCCACUUCAGGACAUGUGGUAUUUUGGGUAUAUAGUUUUCGAAUCACUAGUCGAGCCAGCUCAUUUUAUUCGUCGCUGUUCUGAUCAACUCGUACUACAAAAAUACGAAAAUACACCCUUCUUCAAAGAAGACGCAAGCUUCAAACUGACAAGAAAAAGAUGUAUUGCAUGUGUAAAGAUUGGAUCUCGAGUUUGGGCAAGAAUCGAGAAAGGUUGUUUUCUACGAGGUACUGUGAUUGCAGUAGAUGAUUUGGUUCAUAUAGAACUCGAAAACGGAAACAGAGUGAAGCACAAGAAAAUUACGACGGAAGGUGACUGUGCGUACGUGCCUGACAUCGUGCCUCAUUCUUUAGAGAUUGAUAUUGGUACAAGAGUAUUAGCAAGAUGGUUUAACAGGCAUGACAGCUACUACCCUGCUACUGUCACAGCUAUCAGGAGAAACCUCUUCAGCGUUAGAUAUGAUGACGGUGACAAAGGAACUAAUAAUAUCAACGAAAUACGAAUUCUUAAACAACCGGAAGUAGAAGGUGGCGCCAACUUACCGUCUUGGUCGUCCCUAGAUGGAUUGCCAAGAGUUGGUGGGUUGUGUAUCGAUAGCACAAGUAGUGAUCAAAGCACAACAGAAGAAACUAUUGAUAGCCAAGAAACUCCACAACACGAGGACUGGUCUCCAUAUCCUAGGGACAUGUCCAUCCCUGAACAGAGACUAUAUGAAAACCAAAGCGAACUACCACGAGAACUGGAUAGGGACGCUGAUUUUGGCUACGAAAAUAAUCUACAGUAUCUGACGCCGAAUAUUCAACCACUCUAUCACGCACCUGUCAUAAGGAACGUUAGUCAGGUUAGCGGUGGUUCUGCGGACAGCGGUUAUCACGACAACGCAUGCACAGGAAGUACACGCCAGAGGAGGACUGGACUAUGGGCCGAUUUACAUUGUCAAAGAAGAGCAACCCCCGCCGGCAACAAUUCUGAAAAAUACUCCUGGGAACACGAAGAUAACGAUCCCCUGUCAGACAACGAAACGAGUAACUCUACAAACUACUCCGCAACAAAUGAACUCGAUUUCCCCGACAGUUUCUCCAAGGAGAACCACUCCAGCUUCGCCCCGUCUCAUACCAAAGAUCACGCAACUGGUAUCGCAGGUCACGCAAAGAGUAACGGAGGGCCUAACGUCACAAGACCAACAAAAUCCUACGGAAACGAACUUGUUAACAAUUACUCCUCGACCAAUGGUUCCUACGUCACCCAAAAUGGCGAGAGCAAUGAUGACUCCAGAGCCAGUGAAACCAAAAAUUAUGAAAUGUUCGCCCAAAAUGCAGAAGAAGGUGACAGAAGCGCUGUCCCCAAAGCUGUGCCAUCGAAAUACUGUCCUAUCCAUCACCACGGAUUCAAAACAGAUCAACUUCAAAGCGACUCAGGCAGAAGAAAACAUCAUGAGUUUAACAACGAUGCAAUACUAGAAGGGGAAUGUGGCCCGAGGUUGAUCGGACUGGAAACUGUUAUCUAAACUGAAUUGUCUACUUUCAAGAACAAUUCUAUGCAAAAGAACCCAGGAGGUGAAGGUGUGACAAACAAGGCUGCUGCGUCACGCACACGCAUGACAACGGCUUCCUACCAAUACCACGUGAAGCAUGUAGCUGCUCUCUCUCUACACUUCCAUCUCCUUUGAUACAAGCAAGGACAAUUUAGAGUCGCAAAAAUAUUUUCCUUUUUGAAAGUUUAAAGAAAUACAAGUCAAGUAUGUUGCUGCGUUGUUCCAAGAUGACAGAGCUUUUUGACCCAAGAUUCCAUGCGAGUCAAUGCCCUGGCGGUUAUUCUCUGAACUUUAAAAGCAGACAAAGCUUUUUGGUCACAGUGUCAUUGGUUAGUACGAUUACAGGAUGAUAUAUUAUAUAACUAGCACUCGUCGUUGGUUAGUCGAUCGGUAAAAUACUAAAAUGAAGAGAAAAAUAGRCACAUUUCAAAAGGCAAAAAACAAAUUUAAGUAACAUUUUGAAUAUAAUUUGAUACGUCUAGUGCAUCAAAUAUUAUAUAUUUAGUACCAACAGUUUCAUAUUCAAGUAAAAGAUGAGCCUGAGUAGAUUUCAUUGCACGUACAUAUUAGCCAUUGAGGAAAAGUCUGGAUCCAGUUGGAUUUGCAGUGCAUUGUGGCACUGUUUUAGAAAACAUGUUUCCAAGAUGGCGUCUAUCUUGUCCCAAAAUGCGCUGCACACCCUACUCGACCCAGUCUUUUACUCAACCUCGGAAUUGCCACUCAGGUGCAGUUGAAAUGAGACGGAUUUUGUAUGAGAUACAAGAAUAAGGCAUACUUUUAGCCGUACGACAUUCCUGGAUAUUUUCCUAAGAUCGGGCUGCACACAGGUUAAUACACCCAAACAUAGAUGYAAGCACGUUUAAAUUUGUAACAUUACGAUGUUAUGGUUACUCAAUACYAUGACUCGGUAGUGAGUCGUUCCUAUUCAGUGUUUUUUUAUUUUUCACAAAAAUGAAAAUAGGUGAAACUAAAAAACACUGAAGCAUUUUAUCAACGAGGAAGUUGACUUCUCGGUGUAAGAGGUACAGGAGAAGGAAUGGUUUAUAAUUUAUCCUGUUUCCUGAAUUCGUGGCUUUGUUUAAAAUCAUGGUAUCGUAAUGGGAUAUCCAUUURUUGAAGAGAUUUAUUUGGGAAAACUUCACUGUUUCUUUUUUGCUUUACGAGAUCCUGUUACAUGAAUCCACAUACGUCAGUCCGAGGGCAGUUUGAAGGUAACGAGGAAGCAGCAGUGCAUUUCGGUAUUAUUGUUGUGCAUUAUUUUGCUUGCUUGAUGUCCUCGAUCAACCCUACAGUUGCACUUCAAUAUUAAGUUAUUAAAGUCGGUUUGCAAGCAAAGAAACGCGUAUACGACUUCUUUUUUUUGAUAUUAGGAAGAAAAUAUCAGUUCCUUGAACCGGCUUAAGGUCUUUUUUAUUUACUAAAGUACUACUAAAGUUAACUGUUAAUCACACUGUAAUGAACUCGGAGAGUCUGAGAGUCUGUAAAAGUUAUUUCUCUUAUUAAUCUAGCAAGAUACUUUACAAGUUGUUAAUCUUGUGCUAUCGGGUCGCGUGACUGGUUCCUACCAUAAUUUAGGUUGACAAAACCGGCAAUKUAUACUGUCACCUACACUCUUACAAACAUAUCCCCAACAACACUGCAUCAACACCAGUGUCGUUAAAAAUGGCGCGAAAAAGAUCACGUGAUCCGUUAGUCAAUUAACCAAUCAUCCGUAUUUAUUUCAUAGAAUUUAGUUUUUUUGGSAGUUAUUUAUUUUAGAGAUAUAUACUUUAUGGCUUAGCUGGCUAAGCCUUUUCAAUGAAUUUAUUAAAUUUUAAUUAACAAUAAUGACAGAAAUAUUAUGAUAUAAUAAAGCGCACGGUUAGAACAGGAAUAGAAUCUUAUUCAAGAUAUAAGCUAUGUAAAACUAUCAACUGUAAGGCAGUUCAAUAUUCUAAAAUAAACUGAAACUAAAUAUUAAAACGUGUGUAUCAUUUGAA